AUGGCGGAAAAUUCCGCGCAAGCCACUCCUCCGGCGCUUGUGGCGGAAGCUACAGUGGUGAAUUCUGUCUUCGCCGCGUGGGGGAGCGGGCCCGCGCCAGCUGCGGCAGCGGCUGUUGCGCCUGAAGCGCCUGUAGAGGCUGUAGCCCCUGUAGCCCCCGAAGAGCCUCCAGCCCCUGUAGCGCGGACGCCGCCACUGCGCACGCCGACGCCGGACGUCACCUACUCGCUGCCUCACGCCGUCGUGGCGACUCGUGCGCGCGCCGCAACGGUGCGCCUGCGAUGCGGGCGGCGAAUUGCGUAUCUGGAGAAAGGGAUGGGCGCAGCACAGGCGACGCGGACGCUGCUGGUGCUGCAUGGCCUGGGAUCGUCGCGACUCGCCAACAUGCCAGGAGUGACGGACGAGCUUCUGUGCUCUUUCGGUGUCCGGCUGGUGGCCAUCGAUCGUCCAGGGUACGGCCAGUCCGACCCUGCGCCAGCCCUCUCGCUGCACUCCUUCUGUGCGGACCUUGAGGAGCUGGCGGAUCUGCUCUCGCUGGGGCACAAUGUGGGUGGUCAGUGUGGGUGGUCAGUGUGGGUGGUCAGUGUGGGUGGUCAGUGUGGGUGGUCAGUGUGGGUGGUCAGUGUGGGUGGUCAGUGUGGGUGGUCAGUGUGGGUGGUCAGUGUGGGUGGUCAGUGUGGGUGGUCAGUGUGGGUGGUCAGUGUGGGUGGUCAGUGUGGGUGGUCAGUGUGGGUGGUCAGUGUGGGUGGUCAGUGUGGGUGGUCAGUGUGGGUGGUCAGUGUGGGUGGUCAGUGUGGGUGGUCAGUGUGGGUGGUCAGUGUGGGUGGUCAGUGUGGGUGGUCAGUGUGGGUGGUCAGUGUGGGUGGUCAGUGUGGGUGGUCAGUGUGGGUGGUCAGUGUGGGUGGUCAGUGUGGGUGGUCAGUGUGGGUGGUCAGUGUGGGUGGUCAGUGUGGGUGGUCAGUGUGGGUGGUCAGUGUGGGUGGUCAGUGUGGGUGGUCAGUGUGGGUGGUCAGUGUGGGUGGUCAGUGUGGGUGGUCAGUGUGGGUGGUCAGUGUGGGUGGUCAGUGUGGGUGGUCAGUGUGGGUGGUCAGUGUGGGUGGUCAGUGUGGGUGGUCAGUGUGGGUGGUCAGUGUGGGUGGUCAGUGUGGGUGGUCAGUGUGGGUGGUCAGUGUGGGUGGUCAGUGUGGGUGGUCAGUGUGGGUGGUCAGUGUGGGUGGUCAGUGUGGGUGGUCAGUGUGGGUGGUCAGUGUGGGUGGUCAGUGUGGGUGGUCAGUGUGGGUGGUCAGUGUGGGUGGUCAGUGUGGGUGGUCAGUGUGGGUGGUCAGUGUGGGUGGUCAGUGUGGGUGGUCAGUGUGGGUGGUCAGUGUGGGUGGUCAGUGUGGGUGGUCAGUGUGGGUGGUCAGUGUGGGUGGUCAGUGUGGGUGGUCAGUGUGGGUGGUCAGUGUGGGUGGUCAGUGUGGGUGGUCAGUGUGGGUGGUCAGUGUGGGUGGUCAGUGUGGGUGGUCAGUGUGGGUGGUCAGUGUGGGUGGUCAGUGUGGGUGGUCAGUGGGGGUGGUCAGUGUGGGUGGUCAGUGUGGGUGGUCCGUGUGGGUGGUCAGUGUGGGGUGGUCAGUGUGGGUGGUCAGUGUGGGUGGUCAGUGUGGGUGGUCAUGUGGGUGGUCAGUGUGGGUGGUCAGUGUGGGUGGUCGUGUGGGUGGUCAGUGUGGGUGGUCAGUGUGGGUGGUCAGUGUGGGUGGUCAGUGUGGGUGUCAGUGUGGGUGGUCAGUGUGGGUGUCAGUGUGGGUGGUCAUUGUGGGUGGUCAGUGUGGGUGGUCAGUGUGGGUGGUCAGUGUGGGUGGUCAGUGUGGGUGGUCAGUGUGGGUGGUCAGUGUAGGGUGGUCAGUGUGGGUGGUCAGUGUGGGUGGUCAGUGUGGGUGUCAGUGUGGGUGUCAGUGUGGGUGGUCAGUGUGGGUGGUCAGUGUGGGUGGUCAGUGUGGGUGGUCAGUGUGGGUGGUCAGUGUGGUGGUCAGUGUGGGUGGUCAGUGUGGGUGGUCAGUGUGGGUGGUCAGUGUGGGUGGUCAGUGUGGGUGGUCAGUGUGGGUGGUCAGUGUGGGUGGUCAGUGUGGGUGGUCAGUGUGGGUGGUCAGUGUGGGUGGUCAGUGUGGGUGGUCAGUGUGGGUGGUCAGUGUGGGUGGUCAGUGUGGGUGGUCAGUGUGGGUGGUCAGUGUGGGUGGUCAGUGUGGGUGGUCAGUGUGGGUGGUCAGUGUGGGUGGUCAGUGUGGGUGGUCAGUGUGGGUGGUCAGUGUGGGUGGUCAGUGUGGGUGGUCAGUGUGGGUGGUCAGUGUGGGUGGUCAGUGUGGGUGGUCAGUGUGGGUGGUCAGUGUGGGUGGUCAGUGUGGGUGGUCCAGUGUGGGUGGUCAGUGUGGGUGGUCAGUGUGGGUGGUCAGUGUGGGUGGUCAGUGUGGGUGGUCAGUGUGGGUGGUCAGUGUGGGUGGUCAGUGUGGGUGGUCAGUGUGGGUGGUCAGUGUGGGUGGUCAGUGUGGGUGGUCAGUGUGGGUGGUCAGUGUGGGUGGUCAGUGUGGGUGGUCAGUGUGGGUGGUCAGUGUGGGUGGUCAGUGUGGGUGGUCAGUGUGGGUGGUCAGUGUGGGUGGUCAGUGUGGGUGGUCAGUGUGGGUGGUCAGUGUGGGUGGUCAGUGUGGGUGGUCAGUGUGGGUGGUCAGUGUGGGUGGUCAGUGUGGGUGGUCAGUGUGGGUGGUCAGUGUGGGUGGUCAGUGUGGGUGGUCAGUGUGGGUGGUCAGUGUGGGUGGUCAGUGUGGGUGGUCAGUGUGGGUGGUCAGUGUGGGUGGUCAGUGUGGGUGGUCAGUGUGGGUGGUCAGUGUGGGUGGUCAGUGUGGGUGGUCAGUGUGGGUGGUCAGUGUGGGUGGUCAGUGUGGGUGGUCAGUGUGGGUGGUCAGUGUGGGUGGUCAGUGUGGGUGGUCAGUGUGGGUGGUCAGUGUGGGUGGUCAGUGUGGGUGGUCAGUGUGGGUGGUCAGUGUGGGUGGUCAGUGUGGGUGGUGUCAGUGUGGGUGGUCAGUGUGGGUGGUCAGUGUGGGUGGUCAGUGUGGGUGGUCAGUGUGGGUGGUCAGUGUGGGUGGUCAGUGUGGGUGGUCAGUGUGGGUGGUCAGUGGGGGUGGUCAGUGUGGUGGUCAGUGUGGGUGGUCAGUGUGGGUGGUCAGUGUGGGUUGCAGUGUGGGUGGUUCAGUGGUGGGUGGUCAGUGUGGGUGGUCAGUGUGGGUGGCUCAGUGGUGGGUGGUCAGUGUGGGUGGUCCCCCCCCCGUGGUGGGUGGUCAGUGUGGGUGGUCAGUGUGGGGUUGGUCAGUGUGGGAUGGUCAGUGUGGGGGUCAUGUGGGUGUCUGUGUGGGUGGUCAGUGUGGGUGGUCAUUGUGGGUGGUCAUUGUGGGUGGUCAGUGUGGGUGUUCAGUGUGGGUGUCAGUGUGGGGUGGUCAGUGUGGGUGGGCAGUGUGGGUGGUCAGUGUGGGUGGUCAGUGUGGGUGGUCAGUGGGGGUGGUCAGUUGUGGGUGGUCAGUGUGGGUGGUUAGUGUGGGUGGUCAGUGUGGGUGGUCAGUGUGGGUGGUCAGGUGUGGUCAGUGUGGGUGGUCAGUGUGGGUGGUCAGUGUGGGUGGUCAGUGUGGGUGGUCAGUGUGGGUGGUCAGUGUGGGUGGUCAGUGUGGGUGGUCAGUGUGGGUGGUCAGUGUGGGUGGUCAGUGUGGGUGGUCAGUGUGGGUGGUCAGUGUGGGUGGUCAGUGUGGGUGGUCAGUGUGGGUGGUCAGUGUGGGUGGUCAGUGUGGGUGGUCAGUGUGGGUGGUCAGUGUGGGUGGUCAGUGUGGGUGGUCAGUGUGGGUGGUCAGUGUGGGUGGUCAGUGUGGGUGGUCAGUGUGGGUGGUCAGUGUGGGUGGUCAGUGUGGGUGGUCAGUGUGGGUGGUCAGUGUGGGUGGUCAGUGUGGGUGGUCAGUGUGGGUGGUCAGUGUGGGUGGUCAGUGUGGGUGGUCAGUGUGGGUGGUCAGUGUGGGUGGUCAGUGUGGGUGGUCAGUGUGGGUGGUCAGUGUGGGUGGUCAGUGUGGGUGGUCAGUGUGGGUGGUCAGUGUGGGUGGUCAGUGUGGGUGGUCAGUGUGGGUGGUCAGUGUGGGUGGUCAGUGUGGGUGGUCAGUGUGGGUGGUCAGUGUGGGUGGUCAGUGUGGGUGGUCAGUGUGGGUGGUCAGUGUGGGUGGUCAGUGUGGGUGGUCAGUGUGGGUGGUCAGUGUGGGUGGUCAGUGUGGGUGGUCAGUGUGGGUGGUCAGUGUGGGUGGUCAGUGUGGGUGGUCAGUGUGGGUGGUCAGUGUGGGUGGUCAGUGUGGGUGGUCAGUGUGGGUGGUCAGUGUGGGUGGUCAGUGUGGGUGGUCAGUGUGGGUGGUCAGUGUGGGUGGUCAGUGUGGGUGGUCAGUGUGGGUGGUCAGUGUGGGUGGUCAGUGUGGGUGGUCAGUGUGGGUGGUCAGUGUGGGUGGUCAGUGUGGGUGGUCAGUGUGGGUGGUCAGUGUGGGUGGUCAGUGUGGGUGGUUCUACCUGUUGGGGUACUCAGCAGGAGGAGCGUACUGCUGGGCGGCAGCGCACUACAUUCCCCACCGCAUCCUGGGAAUUGCCAUGUGGGCGCCCUUCAGCUCAUUCUACUGGCAGGGAAUAUCAGAGCAGGAUAGGGAGGCCAUGUUCGCCGGCAUGACGCCCCACUCCCGCCGCUCCCUCCGUCUCGGCCGCUACGCCCCUCUCUGGCUCAUCCGCCUCUUCAUUCGCAACUUCAUCGUUCCCUUCUCUGGUCCCUUAUGGGUUCAGCGCCUGCAGCACAGCCUCUCACACGCCGACCGCCAGUACCUGCUGCACGCGCAGGGCGCACAGGCGCUGCUGAACGACAAUAUCGAGUCGCUCCUUAUGGGAGCGCACGGCGAGGGCAUGGCCAAGGACGUUGAACUCUUCAGCCGCCCCUGGCCCUUCGAUGUCCAAGACAUCUGUGAUAUCGGAUGCUUUGAUAAUACCCAAGACAUCUGUGAUACUGGGUGCUUUGAUCAUACCCAAGACAUCGGCGAUAUCGCCAGUAUCCGAGACUCCACAUGUGAAUCAUCCAAGGCAACAUCCCCUUCUGCCACCGCAAAUCCACCCCCAUCGACCGCUCCUCUCCCGUCCUCGCCGUCCCCCGCCCCUCCGUUCUUGGUGCACAUAUGGCAUGGCACGAAGGACGUAUUAGUGCCUCUCUCGCUGCAGCGUUGGCUGCAGCAGCAGCUUCCGCAUGUGGUGAGGCUGUAUGAGCUUCCUGGCGAGGGACAUCUUUCCUGGUUCUGCCACCAGCCUCAGAACCACCACCAAGUGCUCUCCACUCUCUUCUCUUAG